CAAUGGGGUCAGCGGCGCCGCUGAUGACGCUGCGGGACCUGCUGGAGCUCAAGUGCGAGUCCAGCUGCAGCGACGGCUUCCGCUCCUACCCGCGCCGCCUCCCCCGGCAAGUCGACGACGGCAAAGCACUGCAGGCGAAGGAGGCGCCCGUGCAGCUGCUGAUCGAGUCCGACCUCCGCCGGAGCCCGUCGCGGACGCUGUCCUCCAUCCUCUUCCCCAGGAGCCCCGGGUCGCUGGCCACCGUGUCGCGCCUCACCAGGAGCCUCUCGCGGCGGCUCGUCUUCUGGAGACGCCACCGCGGGGACGACGACGACGACGACGAGUACGGUUGGAGCGGCGGCGACGAGCGGGACUCGCUCGGGCUCCCGUCGCCCGUCGUCAGCAGCUGCUCCGCGUCCCAAUGCUCGGAGUCUGUUGCAGAAGUCAGCGACCCUCUCGUUCAACCGGAGGAGCUGCAGUCCGGCGCCUCGGAUGAGUCCGAAAAGCCGUCGCCGUCGACGUCCUCGGCCUGCACGGGGAGUGCCAACGACGACGCGAGCGACGGCGUCGCCGCCGGAGACGGGCACACGGGGCUGGACGGCGACCCCGUGGGCAGCGGCAGCCUGGAGUCCAUGGUUGACAAGCAGCAGCUCAGCCCGGUAUCCAUCAUGGAUUUCCCCUUCCACGACGAGGACGACGGAGACGAACGCAGCGACGCCGGCACCUGCUCGCCUUCCUUCCUCCAGUGCCAGCACGACCUCCAACUCGAACGGUCGACGUCGAGCUCGGCGCACGAGCCGCUGCCGCUGCACAAGAUCCGACGGCUGGACGGCCUGGCGCAGGCAGCAGUUGACCCCGUGGACCUCGAGCCACGGUUCGUCGCGUCCGACGACUCCGGGCCGUCGUCGUCGGUGUCGGGCGACACGCAGGCCCAGACCGACUCCAGCGGCGCUAGCACCGACCACGACAGAUCGUCAGCUACGACCUCGACGACGACACUGUCGACCGAUGAGCAGCACCACCGGGGCGCCGAUGAUGAAGAGUGCGAACCUGACCACGCCAGGUCGUCAGAAACGACGUCGACGACACUGUCAUCUACCGACCACGACAGCCCUUCAGCGACGACGUCGACGGCACUGUCGACCGAUGGGCAGCGCCGGAGCGCCGAUGAUGGAGAGCGCGAGCCUGACGAGCACCUCCAUUGCCGCCUCCUCGAGCGGCUCCUCAAGGACGACGACGGCACGGCGGCCACUUCGGAUGCUGCCGCGGAACGGCUGCUGAUCGACUUCCUCGCCGAGGGCCUCGGUCGGCUCCGCUCGUCUAAGGUGGGGUCUGUGGUCGGCACGGUGAGGCCAUCGGACGACCACGACGAGUCUAUGCUUGUCCGUGCGGCCAAGGAAUGGUUGCUGGGCGCCGGCACGCGGUGGGGCGUGGAGGACGUGCUGUUCGCCGGGCCGGCGGCGCUGGCGGACAUGGACCGGGAGCGGCGGUGGAUGUGCGUCGGCGAGGAGGAGCGGGAGGUUAGCGUGGCGGUGGGAGAGCUGCUUAUGGACGCACUGGUGGCGGAGCUGGUGAGCGACCUGGCAGCACGGUGUUGACCUGUAGUGGGCUCGUUGUACGUACGUGCGUGUGCCGUGUGCCGCCGGUCGGACGGUGUGGUUUUGGUUUUGUAGGAUUCCAAAGGGUGCCACUGCCACAACGAUGUACGUAUGUGAACUUGAGUGUUAACAUGGCAAG